AUGGUGGAACCAUCAACCCAAGGGGAUAGAGAAAUCCUUCAACAGGUUAUGAGCGCCCAAGCUCGAGGACCUGCGCCUACCGCGAACGGGGUAGAUCUGGAUGCACCUCGUGGAUCUGGAGAAGCCCAGCUACCGGGCUGCAGCGUUCAGCCGGAACGACGAUCUGCGGAGCAGCAAGGAGACGGGCAGGGCCCGGUGAGUGGCACUGCAGCGAUGGAGGCUGCGGGUGCAACGGCACUGACGGGCAGCUCGAGAGAGUUUCCUACGGCAAGUGGGGAAGCGCAGGGGAACGAAUCACGACUGCGGCAGGAGAGGCUACACCUGCCUACUACGACUACAGGACUGGACGGCCGCCCUGAGCCCCAAGUUAGUGCCGGGAGGACCUACGCAACAGCUGGCUCUGUGGAGUAUAUGACACCAAGAUCUAUGGCAUCGGCUGCUGGGCCGCAACCAAGCUGGAUAACAGGGCUGGAAGUGCCGCGAUGGGUCUCACGUUUGGGAUCCUAUUUGAGUGUGGGACACAUGGAGACGCUGCCUAGCCCGCUGGCUGGAAGCAGUGCUACACCGAACCCGCCUGGAGGACCUACAUUCAGGUUGCGGUCGCCGGUGAGGGCGAUGCGGCCAUUGCCCCCACCAACUCCACCGAGUUCUUCGGACCUGCCUCAGGAGGCCAUUCAGGCAGAGGUACAGCGUCAACUUGGUGGGCUUCUGGAAAGACUACAGACUGCCGAGCAACAGAACAACGAGCUGAGGUUCGAGCUGGAGUCUACCCAGAGGUCCUUGGAGCAUGCACGGCAGUUGCGAGAUGAUGCCGCGCUACUUCGGGGACCGCAUGAUCACGCUGGACAACCUGCAGGAGGAGAUCUUAUGGAACCUCAUCGGCAACCCCCUCCUCUACCAGGAGCACCAACAGUACCAGCACUCACUAGAGUACCACCUGGGGAUCCUCUGUCUGUACUUGCAGGGCAGCUAGGAGGGUUACAUCCAGCGCAGAUAAGUACAACUGCCCAAGUCUACCGAGAACUAGAGCGGGCACAACCACAACCUCCUGUACAACCACCGGAACCUAGGCCGACGGCUCCUACCCCACCACCGCAACUACAACCAGAGGGAAGAGGCUUCUUGCGUUCAUUCCUAGGACAACCACGCCCGAGGAGUCAAUCACCUCCGCCGCCGAGGUCCUCAGUGUCCCCGCCGGACUCACCUAUGAUGGAUGCUCUUCUGAGGGGUGUCCAGCAGCUUCAGGAGCUGCAAGCGGCUGCAAUGGCGAAGGGACAGUCGGGAUCACCAGAGGUCUUGAAGCCAGGGACCUCUACGCUAACCCAGCUACCAGAGCUAAGCCAAGGAGCCGAAGCGUCGCUGCAAUUCCAGGACUGGUUGGAGGUGACAACGGCGGCUAUGAAUGAUGUGAGCGACCAGAGCUCAGUCUGGUGGCGGGACGUGGUCCAGGUCGUCGACGAUGCUUACCAGAGAUGGCUGGCGGCAACUCCGCUAGAACGGCUCAGUAUUCAACCAGCUGGGCAGGAGCUGUCAGAGACCAAAUGGACCCGGCUGAACGCGAGGGUGACCACGAUGCUUCUUUCGGCUAUGACCGCUGAGCUCAGGACGGACAUGAUCUCCCAUAGGAUGUCUACCAGUACGGUGCGAAUGCUGUUCCGUCUGCACACUCUUUAUGAGCCUGGAGGCAGCAAAGAGCGGCAGGACCUACUACGGCGACUACAAAGCCCGGUCGACUUCGUCGUGGCGGAUACAAUGGAGAAUGUGCUACGGGUUCUGAGAGCAUGGCCGAGGUGGAUGUCGAGAUGUACGGCGGUGCGUAUGGCCCCGCCAGAUCCCUCAGUUCUGGCCCGUGGUUUGAAGCUACUGACGGCGCGCCACAUCGAAGGGGCACCGGACUCAAACUUCAGGACAAGCAUGUUGCGUACGAGCCUGAGACUGGAUGGACAACCAUCAAUGGACAAUGUCUACGCCUACCAGAAGCACCUCCAGGCCGAGAUCGAGACUCUGCUGGCAAGCCAACCACGAGUAUCUUCCACUACAGUGACGGAUCCACCGCGACUACGAGCACUCGAUAAACCCCAGUCACCGAACAAGAAGGACAAGGACCGGGAGAAGUCCAGUGAGCUGUGUAGAUACUUCCUCAAGCCCCAAGGCUGCAAAAGGGGAGCGAAGUGUGCAUAUGCACACAACAUGAGCUCACUGGAGCGAGAGGUGAGGAACCGCAAGUGCUUGAGUUGCGGGGCAGAAAGUCACAGACAGAAGGACUGCCCAAUAGGACGACCGGGACAGCGACCACAGGCAGCAGCAUCACCGACGGCUACAGCAGCGAUUGCGAAUGCCAAGGGUGGCCUUGCUACGCCGGCUAUGUCAACGGUGUCAACAACGGCCACCGCGGGAUCCACGCUGGACUCAUCGUCUUCGGCAUCCUCAACAAUACAGGGCACCGCGUGGACACUCGAGUCGCUGAUUCAAGCGGCCCAGCAAGUAGUCCAAUCCCAAACUCAGGGAGAGGACAAGGACAUCCGAAUCUCGGCGAUGAGUUCGUCGUCGUCAGCCCUUCUGGAUUCAGGUGCGACCCACAGCCUACGGAGUGCGCGAGAUCAAGAAGAAUGGAAGCGGGCCACGGAGGUUCAGGUUCAGCUGGCGGGCAACAACUCCUUGCGGAUGAGAAUGAAUCCAACGGGCACUCUGCUAAUGCCCCCGCGUGACACCCCAGAGGUCACUGGAGGUACUCCACCCGGUGGCCAGACAAUAGUCCUUGGGCUACACGCUGGUGUGGUCACCAACGAAGUGCUUCCUGCAGACGGGUCAAGGGGAACAGCUGCCAUUGUCGGUGAGCUCCGGAACCGCGAGCAGUUGGAGAAUGCCACCACUAUAACCAUGGACAGAGUGGCUAUGGCAGCGUGCCGAAUGCAGCGAACUUGGCAGGAGCAUCUUCAGAGCUAUGCGGCCACAGGCAACCUGGAGGAGGGAUAUCGAGGAGUACGAGAUGCAGAUUUUCUACGUGGACUCCCAGGAGAAUGCCUUGAUGGACUUCUUGUACCAGGAGUACGUGAAGAUGGAUGGAAGGUGUUCAAGGGUGUGGACUUUCUCACAAGGCCCCAGAAGCGGUACCUCUGGUCAGCACGCAAGUGGGUUGUCCAUUUGUAUGCAGGGGACCCUGGACAUUAUCAGAUGUUUCAGCUCGACCAGGGCAACACAGCUGUACUAGAGCUGGACGUGUCCAGGUGCAAGGCCCACGACGUGAUGAACGAUAGUACAUGGAAGCUACUGUUAUGGGGAGCCUUGACGGGAAGGCUGGAUGCGAUUGUGGGAGGCCCACCAGGCCGUGGAGGAAUGUGGAACAUCAAGGGCGACCUCUUGCCGGGGAAGACGAGGACAUUGGCGACUAUGGUGAGGAUGUUGUGGAUGUACGCUGUGGCAAAGGCAGCACGAAGCUCAGGGGGAGAAGUCCUGAACGGAGGAGAAGUCCUGAACAAAGACCGGCCGGUGGCCUUCGUCAUGGAGGCAAUGGAUGAGGCCCCUCCUGGCAAUGCGCAGGAUGGAGCGAUGCUAUCUACUUGGUCGCCAGGGCUGGUGAGGGCCAUGGUGACUGCUUUGAGGUUUUGGGACCGGCGACCACUGAGUGCACCGUCGGUGGCGGCGAUGUCAACGGAGCAGUGGAGAAGGCACGUGCAGUCCAACCACGCGGAAUAUCACCGCGAGUGCCUAACUUGUGUGAUGUCGAGAGGUACGGGGCGGAGGCAUGCGAGAGUGAGGUCACCGGACAUGUUUAACCUCACUGUGGAUGUGGCUGGGCCAGUCAAGCCAGGGCUUGAUGUAUCGUCGAAGGGAACUAUGGGAAAGGGCUUGCGCUACAUGCUGGUGGGCCACUAUGUUCUUCCGAAGGAGUUUGUCAAGGGCUACACAGGCCGGGAACCUCCUGAUGAUGAUGGCCUACACCCUCUACCGCGAGAUGGGAAGGAGGACCACGGCAACGACAAAGAACCCACAGGACCUUCUACACCACUACCACACGGAGAGGGGGAACAAGUUCUGCAGUGUGAUGGGGAAGAGGGCAAUGGCAACAACAAAGAACCCGCAGGACCUUCUACACCACUACCACACGAAGAGGGGGAACGUGAUCUACUACCAGAGCAAGUAGCGUCCAAUGGCAACGACAAAGAACUCACCACUACCACACGAAGAGGGGGAUCCGUGAGCAGAGUCCUUUACCAGUGCGUGACGAUGACCCAGGUGAGCAGAGUCCGUUUCCAGAGCUGUUUGUGUCAGAGCAGAAUGGAGUGGAUGGUUUUUCUGGGCGGUACGAGGCUUCAGCGAGAGGGAUACGUCGACUACGAGGACUCCGACUAUGAACCUUCGGCCAACGAGGAGGAUCAGGAGGAGCACGAGGCACAACAGAAGGAUAAUGGGGCGACUACGGUUUUUCCUGAUUGCGAGUCUCCGGAGUCCACCUACCUGUUGUUCGCGAGGCCCCUACCCAACAAUGGCACGCAGUCUGUUAAGAGCGCGAUUCAGGACAUUGUGUUGUACCUUCAAUCGCGAGGACUCCCAGUUUAUCGUCUACAUUCAGACAAGGGCGAGACCUACAACCACGCUAUUCGCAACUGGCUCAGGGACCAGGGCAUCCGAGGAACGUGGUCGGAACCGGGCAAGCCACAAGGGAAUGGACUAGCGGAAAACUCCGUUCGUUGGGUAAAGGAUCACGCCCGCACGCUUUUAGCAGCGGCACGGCUGCCAACGAGGUUGUGGCCUUCAGCAGCAGAGGCGGCUACAGCACUUCAGCGUUCAAGGGUGCUGGGGUGGAAGUCCAAGCUCAUGGCGCCGUUUGGAGCUACAGUUCAUGUGAGACGCAAGGUUUUCGACUCAGCUGGACCUCUGAGGAGGGAGCAGGCCUUUGAGUCGAAGUGGGUCAAGGGAGCUUACAUGGGCCUAAGUAACAUCCUUGAAGAUGGCCACGUGGUGUACGUUGAGGGCGACUCGGAGAACAAGGAGAAUUUCCUACAUACUUUUCAUGUGCGACCUCGACUUACAGACCCAGGUCCACCCCAGGAGGAGUUGGAGGUCCAGCCCCCCAAACCGAGGAGACGUGUGACCGAGAAGACGCCCAUCGAUCAGGUCGAGUUGAGGAAACUGGGGCUGUCGAAGGAGGAACUGGACAGCUACAUUGUAAGGAGGUCACAGCUUCUAUUUGAGGAAUGGGACCAGGAGGAGGCCGUUCGCUUGGUGAGUGAGUUGGCAGAGACGGGCUUCUUUGAUGAGUGGAAGUUUGGAGUCUUUCGACAUGGUGGCUCAGUUGGUUGGCUACGAGGACUCCAACAGUACCCCGAGCUCUCGCGCGUCCUCUCCCAGAUCGUCUUGGACUACAACAACGACGAGGGCGCGCUCAACUACAUUUACCCCAUCUCUGUCCCAAGGCGUGGAGGUGAUCUGUGGGUGGAGUUGUUACCAGGUGACCAAGUACAAGGGGAAAUCAUGGACAGGGUGGACAGUCAGGGACGGAAACGUUUCGGCUACAUCAAGAAGCUGAAGCCGGGCUCGACUAUGGUGUUUUCUCCCCGACGAGCUCAUGAAGUACUUCCGUGGGAGGGUACGAGGACAGUUCUUAUAGCGUACACACCGCAGUGCAUGGGAAGGCUGUCAGCAGAGAUGAUACGGGAGUUAGAGGACAAGGGCUUUCAACCACCGUUGUCCCAGUACCCGGAGUACUUCCUGAAGGGUGACCCCGUUCCCAAGGAGCAGAAGCUGGAGGUUGCGGCAACCAAGGCGGAGGAGGAGCACUUUUCCGAGGAGGAGUUUGGACCCAGUGUGGAUGAGACAUGGGAAAUGUUCCUUGAUGUUGACGGUGGAGUGGUCAAGAUUGGAGAUGAUCAGCCGCCCUGCGACGACUACCCAAAACCACGAAUGGGGAAGGUCGAGGCAGGCUACACCAAGAACGAGGUUGCUGAGAAUAUGUCGCUGUGGCUCCCUGCAAUUCAGAAGGAGCUGGAUGGUGUGUCAGUUGCAAUCAAGAAGCUCCUUCCCAACACGAAGGAGCGGACAGUAUGGAUGCAGCGACCAGGUGCACAACGGCUUCCAGCAAAGUUCGUGUUUACCGUGAAGCCAGCGGAGAACCCAAGCCCCACGGACAGGACAGCAUGGUUCAAAAGGAAAGCUAGACUAGUGGUUUGCGGAAACUAUGCCAUGAACGACCACUCCGAGGUCUAUUCAGAGACCGCACCUUCCGAAGCGGUGCGGGCAGGUUUGGUGAUGUCGAGAAAACGGCGAUGGAUGGUAGGCCUCAUCGAUGUCGUUGCGGCCUUCUUACGGACCCCGCUUAACCCAGAUGAAGGGUCACCGACAAUCAUCGUGUGCCCACCACGUCUUCUACUACGACUGAACCUCAUCGUCGAGGACGAGCUUUGGGGCCUGAUAAGGGCCUUAUACGGCUUGCGACAGGCGCCAGCCCUUUGGUCGGCCCACCGUGACCAAGUGCUAAGCGCAAUGGCUUUUCCCCGUGGGAUGAGGCUUUACCGAGGCCGCACUGUGACAGCCUGGUGGGUGCUCAGGGACGAGGGAGGGUCCAUCAAGGCGAUCAUCAUUAUCUACGUCGAUGAUAUACUACUACUCGGCGAGGAGGAGACGAUCAGAGAGGUUGCGGACACCAUACAAGGCGAGUGGAAGACAUCAGGUUUGGUGUUCCUACAGCCAGAUCACUCGCUACGUUUUCUGGGAAUGGAGCUUGAGAUCAGUGGCGAUGGCUCGGAGAUCUACGUGAACCAGCGGAGCUACAUAGAGGAAGUCCUGCGUUCCUACGGGUACACCGAGGAGGAUCAAGACAAGAUCCCCCUAACCAAGGAGCAUGCGUCCUUUGAAUGGCAAGAAACAGACGUGGAACCAACGCCGGAGGCAGUGACCAAUGCCCAAAAGAUUACCGGGGAAAUCAUGUGGAUUGCCCACAAGUCACGACCUGAUGUGGCUUUUACCUGUUCUUUGAUGGCGUCAAUUACACUGAAGGCCCCAAUGAGAUGCUGGUCUAUUGGAUGUAAGGUUCUACGUUACUUGAAUGCUACCAAGGAGUUGAAGAUGACCAUCAAGGACGACUCCACCGACCUGGUGUUGUACCCCGACGCAGCGUUUGCUCCCAGCAGUGGGAAGAGCCAUACUGGAUGGGUGGUAUGCUGGGCUGGGACACCCAUAGCUUGGCGGAGCGGGAGGCAGAGCACGAUUGCUCUGAGUACGGCGGAGAGCGAGCUCACAGCCAUUGUCGACGGCACCAUAGGCAUGAUGGGUUUGGAAGCAAUGCUCAUGGACUUGCAUGUGGAGCCAUCCUUGAAGGAGGUUGCGAGCGACAGCACCAGUGCCCUGGCGAUUGGGCCCGGCAUCAGCCUGGAAUCACGCAGCCGGCGGACCUACUUACAAAGAGGAGUGCACUCAACGACCGACCUCUACACCUACGAGCGCAUGUACAACGAGGAUGUUGGUGGCAAUGCUAUGCAUGUGCAGAUGGACUGGGACAUGGCGGCAUUGUUUAUGGGCUUGUUGAUGUGCUUGGGUGCAUUGCUGCUCUACGAGGCCGUGAAAUGGGGAGGCUACGGCGAGGGCGAUACAGAGGGAGCUCGAAAGGAACUCCCUGCCUAUGUCAUCGGCGAGCUCAUCGCCCCUGUCUGGGACGACUACCAGAGAUGGUCUUCGUCGGAGACACAGGUCCCCAACGACACCACCACGACCAGCGACUCCACCGCGACCUACGACGCCGCCGCGUACUACGAGGCCACAUACCCCGAUGAAUACACCGGGUUGUCGGACAUCCUGGUGAGUCAGCUGGGCGGGAACACAGGGCCGUGUGCUAUUGACCUGGAGAAACAUCGCAACGAGGACGACGUGCAGUGA